CUUCGAUGGCGCUGAGCAGCUUGGGCCAUGUAUAUACAGCCAUAGGGGACUAUCCAAAUGCCCUAGCCAGCCACAAACAGUGUGUCCUGCUGGCCAAGCAGUCCAAGGAUCAGCUGUCUGAGGCUCGUGAGCUAGGAAACAUGGGGGCCGUCUACAUUGCCAUGGGAGACUUCGACAAUGCUGUCCAAUGUCAUGAGCAGCACCUGGGCAUUGCCAAAGCCCUGGAAAAUAAACGAGAGGAAGCUCGGGCCUAUAGUAACCUGGGCAGUGCCUACCACUAUCACCGUAACUUUGACAAGGCCAUGUCCUACCAUACUCACGUUCUGGAGCUCGCCCAGGAGCUAGAGGAAAAGUCCAUUGAGAUGAGAGCCUAUGCAGGACUUGGUCAUGCUGCUCGCUGCAUGCAGGACUUGGAGAGGGCCAAGCAGUACCAUGAACAGCAGCUGUCUAUAGCUGAGGGUUUGAAAGACAGGGCUGCAGAAGGAAGGGCCUCCUCCAAUCUGGGCAUCAUUCACCAGAUGAAGGGGGACUAUGAGACUGCACUGAAACUCCACAAAACUCAUCUGGCCAUUGCUCAGGAGCUGAAUGACUAUGCUGCUCAGGGUCGGGCCUAUGGUAACAUGGGUAACGCCUACAAUGCCCUGGGAGCAUUUGACCAGGCUGUUCGCUACCACCGCCAGGAACUGCAGAUCUCCAUGGAGGUCAAUGACCGGGCCUCGCAGGCCUCCACUCAUGGAAACCUGGCUGUGGCUUACCAAGCCCUGGGAGCCCAUGACCGCGCUCUGCAACAUUACCAGAACCACCUCAACAUUGCCCGUGAGCUCAGAGAUGUCCAGAGCGAGGCACGGGCUCUAGGCAACCUUGGCAACUUCCACUGCUCUCGAGGAGAGUUCCCUCAGGCCGUGCCCUACUAUGAGCAGUACCUCCGUCUGUCCCCUGACCUCCAAGACAUGGAGAGUGAAGGGAAAGUUUGUCACAAUCUGGGUUAUGCCCACUACUGUCUGGGCAACUACCAGGAUGCCGUCAAAUACUAUGAGCAGGACCUAGCUCUGGCCAAGGACCUUCAUGACAAACUGAGUCAGGCCAAGGCAUACUGUAACCUCGGUUUGGCUUUUAAGGCCCUGGGAGACUUCACUAAGGCAGAGGAGUGUCAGAAAUACCUGCUGUCUCUGGCGCAGUCCCUGAACAAUGCACAGGCUCGCUUCAGAGCUCUGGGGAACCUUGGGGACAUAUUUGUCUGUAAAAAAGAUGUGGCUGGAGCCAUUCAGUUUUACGAGCAGCAACUGGCCUUAGCUCACCAGGUUAAGGAGCGUAGGAUGGAGGCCUGUGCCUAUGCUGCCCUGGGGGCAACCUACAGACUUGUGCAAAAAUAUGACAAAGCUCUGGGCUACCACACCCAGGAGCUGGAGGUUUAUCAAGAGCUGGGCGACAUGCCAGGAGAGUGCAAAGCCCAUGGUCACCUGGCAGCUGUCUACAUGGCCCUGGGGAAGUACGCCAUGGCCUUCAAGAGCUACGAAGAGCAGUUGGAGCUAGGUCGGAGGCUGAAGGAUCCUGUCGUGGAGGCUCAGGUGUACGGAAAUAUGGGCAUCACUAAAAUGAAUGUAGGUGUGAUGGAGGAAGCUAUUGGCUACCUGGAGCAACAGCUGGCCACUUUACAGCAGCUGAGUGGCAAUGAGGCAGUAAUGGACAGAGGCAGAGCCUAUGGAAACCUAGGAGACUGUUAUGAGGCUCUGGGAGACUUUGAGGAAGCCAUCAAGUACUAUGACCAGUAUCUGUCAGUGGCCCAGAGCCUCAACCGCAUGCAGGACCAAGAGAAGGCCUAUAGAGGCUUAGGCAAUGGACACAGGGCCAUGGGAAACCUACAGCAAUCGCUGGUGUGUUUUGAGAAGCGGUUAGUAGUGGCUCAUGAGCUGGGGGAAUGUGGAGGUAAGGCUCAGGCCUACGGUGAACUAGGCGCACUGCACAGCCAGCUAGGCAAUUACGAGCAGGCUAUCUCCUGUCUGGAGCGUCAGCUGGCCAUUGCCCGUGACACCCAGGACAGGCUACUGGAAGGCGAUGCCAGCUGCGGUUUGGGCGCUGUAUAUCAAGCUAUGGGAGAGUAUGAGACAGCCCUGCGAUGCCACCAAAGUGACCUGGAGAUUGCAGAGGAAACGGGCAGCCCCACACGCCAGGCCCGUGCCUAUGGGAACUUGGGCCUUACCUACGAGUCGCUUGGAAACUACGAGCGGGCGGUCGUGUUCCAGGAACAGCACCUAAGUGUGGCGGCUCAGACUAAUGACUUGGCUGCCAAGACACUGGCCUAUGGCAGCCUGGGGAGAACACACCAUGCACUGCAAAACUACUCACAGGCUGUCAUGUACCUGCAGGAAGGUGAGUGUGUCAGGGGGAACAGGAGAGAGGAUUGCCUUUGUUGCCUGAGCUGAUAGGCUUAGAGUUUG